UUGUCUAAAAAGAUGUCAGUGCUGUUUUGGAGUUUGAUUUUGUUAUGUCUACACGGAGCUAUCGACGUAUUCGGAAUCGCUCCGGAUGUGUUAGAGGAUGCAUCUCUAAACCCGUUUGAACUGCUGAUGAAAUAUGGUUAUCCUGGCGAAACUCAUAAAGUGACAACUCCCGAUAAUUAUAUCUUAACCGUUCAUCGCAUUCCCCGACCUGGUGCAAUUCCUGUUUUAUUGGUUCAUGGAUUAUUCGACACCUCUGCUACCUGGCUGAUGAUGGGUCCUGACAAGGGAUUGGGUUACAUGCUUUAUGAUGCUGGCUACGAUGUGUGGAUGGCAAACUGUAGAGGAAAUACUUAUGCCAAGGAACAUAAAAUCUACAAGGUGUUUGAGGAAAGAUUCUGGGAUUUUACUUUCCAUGAAAUGGGCAUCUACGAUCUGCCAUCCACCAUUGAUUAUGCGCUCAAUAAUACGGGCUUCUCGCAGCUGCAUUACAUUGGCCACUCGCAGGGCACAUUAUCCUUCUGGAUAAUGGGUAGUGAGCGACCCGAUUAUAUGGAAAAGAUCAUUCUGAUGCAGGCUAUGGCACCGAUAGCUUACUUUAAGAACACAUGGAGUCCGAUUAUCUUAUUCUUGGGUACAACACGCUUCACAUCGAUCCUUCUCAAUGAUUUAAUGGGCUCAUCAGAGUUUUUGCCGAAUGAGCGAUUGACAAGCAUGUUCAAUGAACAACUCUGUGGAGCGCCAAUUACCAGAACGGUGUGUGAGAGUUGGUUGUUCAUCAUGCUGGGAUUCGAUGAGAAGCAACUGAAUCAGACCAUGUUGCCUGUGAUCAUGGGACAUGCACCAGCUGGAGCAUCGACUAAGCAGAUCAUUCACUUUGGCCAGAUUCGUUCGUUGGGUGGCAUGCAUCAAUUCGACUAUGGAAUGCUUGACAAUUUGCGACGUUACGGCUCGAUAUCUCCGCCAAAAUAUAACUUCAAGAAUGUCACAGCUAAGGUUGGCUUAAACUAUGGCCAAAAUGAUUUGAUGGCAGCUGUCAAGGAUGUUCGCUUGCUGCGCGAUGAGUUGCCCAAUGUCAUUGAUGACAAUCUCAUUGAUUAUCGUUGGUGGAAUCACUUGGAUUUCAUUUGGGCCAUCGAUGCAAAGGAAUUGCUUUGGAAUCGCAUGCUUGAUCAUAUGCAAACCUAUGAUAAGGAUGUAAAGUCAUGAUUAUACAAGAGUUUAACACAAGGCUGCACCAGGAUAGAAAACCCUUUAAAUAUAAUAAAUCUUAUUCGCAAUGAA